AUGGUCAACAUGCUCACAAAGCGACUGGAGGGCUCUCACGGGAAGUGGGUGGAAGAACUACACAGAGUCCUCUGGGCCUACCGGACCACUCCAAAAACAGCAACAUGGGAAACCCCCUACUCGCUAGUCUACGGCUCUGAGGCCAUUGUACCUACAGAGAUGCACGUAAGAACAACGCUCUCCGGAUCUACCUCUCUGGAGGAAAACAACGAGCUAUUGGCGCUAAGCCUCGACCUGCUCGAUGAAAAAAGAGAGGCCGCUCGAUUAAGAAACUGGUCCUACCAGCAAGACGUCGCCAGGACGUACAACAAGAAAGUCAGAACCAGAAACUUCCAGCAAGGGGACUGGGUUCUACGACGAGCAGAAAAAAAAACGGGGAAACUCACCCCAGGGUGGGAAGGACCCUAUAAGGUCAUCGAGGUGCGGAGAGCAGGCGCCUACAGGCCGCAAGAUAGCAAAGGUAAAAUACAACCUAACUGCUGGAAUGCCCUGCACCUCAAAGCCUAUCAUUUUUAA